UCGGAGAAUUCGCGGACGGUUGAGCGGAUCGUGGAUGAUCUAGCUUGAUCGUCUCGUCGUUCGUACCUGGGCUCUACAGUCGCGACAUGUGCGCGCGUAAAUGGCAUUGCCUUGCGGGAAUCGUGCAUCCUUCCGUUCGUAGCGAACGACAGCUAACCGAAGGCGUAAACGCGCAACAUACGAACGCGCAUUAAGAUCGCGAAGGCGUGUAGUCGCAAUUCCAGGCCAUCGAGCACUCGCAUCGAUGUUGGCCUCGAGAGUCGAUCGUUUCGAAGCUGUGCCAACGAAAAGUGAUCUCGAAAAAAAAUGUUCGAACCAUCGACCAACGUUAACCGUUAAAAUCGAAACCGCCAAAUAAUUUCCUUCGUUGCGUGGAUCCAGUUCGAAUCGGAUUUUACUCGAACCGUAACUUCGAUUCUCAAAAUUACGAAGACCGGUACAAAUUGGGACUUACACUUCGUGAUGUACGAGUCUGUAAAUAUUAAUCGUGAUCGGAGCAAAGCUUCAACGGUUCAGAAGUGCGUGGUGCGUCGAUAUCGAUCGAAGAAGACGAAUUUCGAUUUGGCGUCCGAACAAAGUUCGCGGUCGUCUUGAAUCGGUUGAUCGAGUGCCAGCAUCGAGAACGACGUCAGUCCCGCGGCUCACUUCCGGUCCUCGGCGCCGGUAAAACGAAACUGCGAUCGAACGAACAAUUUAUUUUGAAUUUCUUCAACGAAACCUCGAAAUAUAGUGGAAAUAUUUCAAAUUCGAAGAGAUCUCGACGAAAUUCCCCCGUAACUCAUGUACCACACCAAAGAAUAAGGAGUGUAAUUGAGCGCGAUUGGUGCAGUGGUUCGACGAUCUCUUCAACCGAUUUUAACGAUAUCGUUGAUCGGAUAAUCGUCGUUCAAGAUGGUACGCGUUGCACGUCUAUCUCAUACGAAGGAAGAAACGACCAAGAUGAGGGAUGCUGUUCCGCAUAAAGGAAGUAGUAACAAUAACAACAAUAAUAAUAACGUGACUACUCCGAAAAGCAAGCCGUCCUUGGAAAUUUAUCGACCGCCAGGUGGAAGAACGGAAGGAACCACGGCGAACGUCACUAAUCUGCGACUAAACGUACAUGCCAAGGAGUUCACUAUGAAGCAGAACGAUUCGCAUCCUUCUAAGUCCCGGACGAAUGCUUCAGAGCGAUCUCCGUAUUAUUUGCAACACAGCAAAUCGAGCGGCAACGUGCACCGAUAUUUGUACGCCCAGCAACAGCAACAGAUACAACACACCCUUCAGCAACAACAUCACCAAACGUCGCGUCACUCCCAAAGCGGACAUCAUUCGACGGUUUCGGCGCUGCGACAGGGACAUCCGCUCGAUACUUCCGCUUCGAGUGGCAAUAUUUCACAUGGUUCGGGCAGGGUCCACUUCAACAUGGAUCAAAAUGAAGUAAAACCGAACGCAGCGAAACCUGGCAGGCUCACCAAAUCGUUAUCCUUCGUCUCCACUUAUAGUCUGAAGCGAUCGAAGAGCCUAAACGCAGCUGACGUGUUGGCUGCGAAGGCGGUGAACAUCUCGGACGCGUCCGAAUUGGGAAAAUUCCCAUCAGCGAUUCAGGAUACGCUAUUGAGAGCUAUCGAAGAUCCAAAUUUAUUGAACGCGAGGGCCUUGAUGGAACUGGUGAGACACAUCUUGGAGAGGGUCGUCGAAAACCGUAAAUACGCUGAACCGGCAGCAAAAAUAUGCAUCACUAUUAUAGAGAAAGAAGCUAAGGAAACCUUCUUGGAAUCCUUGUUGAACACGUGUCAGCAAUGGUACCAGGACCGCGUCAAGAUACUCUACGACGGGACCAGUUACCAUCGUUACUCGGCCUUCAUGACAUUUCUGAACGAGAUGUACUGUCAGUUAAAGCGGAGGCAGCUCCAGUUGAAGACACAACAGGAGGGCGUUCCUCCCGGACGCGUUCUCCUCACGUUGCUUUGGAAGUGUUGUCAGGACUGCUUACAGCCUCCGGUUGUAAAUUCUUUGGCCGAGACCGACUGUCUCUUCUUCAUCAUGACGUGCAUCGGCAAGGAUCUGGACACCGAAUUGCCUGCCCAGUUGCAGCAGUUGCUCGGAAGCUUGAGGGACGCAUUCCUCGCGGAGGACACGAUUCUACCGUCAGUCAGAAAGACCCUCCUCCAGCUGAUUGAACUUCACGCCGCCCAUUGGCAGCUUCCAGCGCCUGCGGUCGUCUACUACUACCCGGGAUCGACCUCGAAAUGAUUCUCCACCCUUUCGGUUCCUCCGUCCAUUCGUCGGUUCUGUGCGCGUGCGUGUUUGGUACGUGUGGAACUUAAGUGAGUGUAAGCUAAUUAACAGGAUUCUUUGUUCUCGAAUGCGCCGAGCGCGGAUCAUGCGAAUAAAAAUGAAACGAUCGCCGUCAGCAACGACCGCGGGCAAAACGGAGUUGCUCGAAGGUGACUGAUACCCCGGAGCUACUUUGCCUUGCACGGUAGUCUCGUGUCAUUUGCAUUCUCUUGUGAAUAUCUAACCGAACCGUGACCGAUACAUUCACGUCCAUUACACGGAAUACAAUUUCAUAAUUCUCUCUUUUUUAACAACACUGUUAGAGACGAGCAACAUUUUAUUCGAUUAAUAAAUUUUACAGCUGGUUGAAAGUUUCGAAUGUUGAGUUAAUGAAUGUUUACUAUCUUAAGUACACGUGUAAUCAUAUGUACUUUUAUUAAUUUUGUCCUCGCAAUUUCAUUGACACGAAUCUCGAAGAAAAUCUGAGGUUAUCAUAAAUUAUUUUAAAUAUACGAAGUUGUCUAUCGAUCAAGUAGUUUUACACUAAAAUUUUUUAAAGUUAAAACAGUGGAUGUCGGUGAACAAAUAAAUUUAACCAUUGACAUUCAAAUCGGGCUUCCGGUCGAAUUCCUGCUAGAAACUGGCCGAAGAUACUUAAUGCUCCGUAGUUUGCUUAUGCUCGCAUGUAAUGUCUGCCCAAACACUAUUAACGUCUCAAAGUUUGUUUAUGCUCGAGUAUGAUUGGGUACUUGUUAACAUCCUACGGUUCAUUUAUACCCACGUAUUUCUACAAUCCGAGUCCAAUUUACGCGAUUAUAUGGCGGUAAUAAACGGAAAUAAAGCGUCUUCGUUUCGUUCGCAUGAUCUCACGUUUGCUAAUGCCGUUGAUCGAACGAGUCCCUGAAUCGCAAUAAAAUGCCUUCGAAAUCGCAAUGAGAAGCCUUUUCGUCGAACCUUUAUCCGAUCGAUGGUUCAACGAUGCGUCAGCGUGCGAAACACGAGCAACCGUGAUCUCGUUGUUGCCGCGAAGAAUGGUUCUCCGUCGUCAUCGUACGAUUGUAUAAAACAAAAAAAAUGAUUUACUAACGAUCGAUGAUGCGCCACUUUGCAAAGAAUGGUGCAAGGCUCGCGGCCGAUCCUGAAUCCGCUUCGUCCCUGUUAUGCGUAAUACGUGAUUCCCACUAUUGCUCAAGGGACAAACAACGUUCACGCCAAAUUCAAGGCGCGAUAUCGUAAGCAGAACUUCUCCGUGGCGUGAAUAGCGAUGGAUCAUUUGUUCCAGGUCUCAGAGACUUUAACUUAACACUGAUUAACUUUUGUUUUUGUCUACUUGUUACCGUGAACGUUCAUGUACAAUCUAUAGCAAUGUAUACGUACAUAUAAGUAUAUUUAAUAGUAUGGAAAAUAUUGUUACAUUCGUUUCUAUGUUUCAACCGCGCGAAUACUUUUGUCUCCCCCUGUAUAUGCUCUACACUUGAUGAUUUGGUAAUACCGAUAGUUUUGUUACAGAGAUCAAUAUUGCUGCGUUUUGGUCUAGAUCUGCCAGUCGGGACUGAUCGGUGAGGCUUAUCUGGCACAUGCCGCGUUAGUGACGCAAUGUUAAAUUAAUUAUGCACUAAUGAACUAUCUAGUAAUUGGAGGAGAAUGUUUAACCAAUGAUUAAUGGCGUCACGCCUAAGGCAGGAUCUUGCUAAGUAAGCCUUACUGAAGAGUCCGAUUAAACUCCUUGUUAAGUCGACUGGCCGAGGAGUUUCAGGGGUAAACAUACCGUGCUUUUACCGUCUGCCCCGCCCACUGUUUAUUUAAGGAAAGAGAGCACAAACUAGCAGGCGUUCCGUCUCUUUCGAAACAGAGGAUAGGCUACAAGAAGAGUGUCAGAGAUUUGGAGACCAAUUCUCACAAACGCGUUGCAGAACGUAGCCAUAGACUACCGCGAUAUUGAUAGAGUGGGGGGGGGAAAGAGGACGGAUUUCAUCGGCGGGGAAGUGUCCUUGGCCGAAUAGCUAACUUUACAACGACUUUAGCAGAUCCGGGAUAAAACGCAGGAAUAUUGUAUUAUAUAUUCAAAAAAUUUUGCUUGAAUAAUCAAUUUAGAGGUUUGAGAAAUGCAAAUAUAGAGUAUUCUUCGUUUACAAUUUUUAAGCCUCUUUAGUUAACCGUUAAAUAUUUUAUGAAUCGAUUGUUUAAGCAAAAUUAAUAAAACUGUAUUGUAUGAAUGAUGUUAAUGUAACGAGACUCGAGUUCCUUGAGCGUCGGUGGAAUCACGCGUUCGUGGCCCGUCGAUUCGGGAAUUUCGCGGUUUCGAAUUAGAAAUUAUUUCGUUAGUAAGUCAAUAGGUUAAGAAAUCGGGACACUCGGAACCGGUUUGUUGUUUGUCUUGGCCGCCGAAUUAUCGCGAACGCCUCUGGGCGAAGAGUACACUUCGAGAGUGUUCACCUUUCGACGCGGAUUCCACAGGUUCACGGUUAAAGGCAUGCAUCGACGAUUGUAACAGAAUGACGAGUGACUGAAAGAGCAUUUGUUAGAAAGCACGUCGAAGGAUCGAAGAACACGAAAGGUUGAGAACCUCGAUAGAGUCUACCUCGAAUUUUCCACGGUUUUUCCCCCGUAAACGCAACGGUACGAAGUAUCGAGAUA